AUGGCAGACGCCAUCGUGUUUGUGCCACCGCAAGACAUCCGCCCAAAUAAUGCCGUGUUUGUUACACGUAGUCUACCGCGUCCACUGACAUGGCAACGACGCGAGCACGGGAUGCACCGCCAUAUGAUUCUCACCCGCAUUGGACAAUUACUAGCACGUAAUGCGCAACUUGUGUUGCGCCAGCAGAGCGAUGUGGCUGUCAACAAAACGUGGGCCUUGGCACGCAAGUUGGAAGUAUUAAUAUUUAUUCAGUCUGCUUCGUUACUUGAGUACGUCAACAUGGACAGUUUAGCGCGUCGUGUGCAAGCGCUGACGGCUGGUAUCGUAAACAAAAAGAUCCGUCGGAAACCAUCACAAGCUCGCGAGAUGGCGCAAACAGGUGCAAAUAGGAUUGGCAAUGAAGUUAUCGUGUGCUGCAAGCCAACAGUGGCAGUGCCAGAUUCUAAUUCGCAAGUCAUGACAGCUUUAUUAUCGAUGCACAUGGACCAACCUCCCGCAACUGCAGAAGACUACGUUCGUCAGCUGCCGCGUAUCUCUCAUCUCGCUCAUGAACGCAGUAUGAUUCAUAACGAGUUUGUGGACAGUAUAAGCCGUAAGCGUAUGUGCUUGGCGUCAUUUUGUCAGAAGGAACCAGAGAAGGACGUUGAAUUUAGUGAAUUGGGGAUUCUACUUUUUGGUGGGUUCGAAGAAUUGAGUAAACUUGUAUGGAGUUAUCUCGACGGUGUACAAAUUAUGCGUGCACGUAGCGUCUGUCGUAGCGCUUGUAUGUUAGCGCCAUUAUUUGUCACAUCGUUGCAAUUAAGUUGCAAUGCUAUUCAGAAGGCACUAGCGACGCGAUCAGGCGGGGAUGCUUGUAUUCUACAAGAAUGCAUCCAUCUUCGGUAUUUGGAGAUUGUUUCGUUAGCAGCAGGAAUGACGUUUGGUAAAUUGUCAAUGCGUGCUACAAACUGCCCUCAACGGUUUGUGGUCACACACGAUGAUCAUGAACAAAUUGUUCUAUCUAUGGCAGAGCAAAUGCGGUUGAAUACUUUUCCUGGAAUAGUGCGAUUAAGUAUCGCAUGCUUGUUUACGAAUGAAGAAGCUGAUGGAGAAGCCGACGUAUUACUCAACGCGUUAAUGCUGGGCUGCUGUCCAAAUAUCGAAGAAUUGUGUCUUCCAGGCAACAGUUUUGGCGAUUACGGUGCUUCUAAAGUUGCACAAAUGUUGCGGGCGCGAAGUUGUCCAAACCUUACACGACUUGAUUUGCGUCGAAACUUUAUCGGAGAAGAUGGCGUACGCAUCUUGUGCCACGCUUUAGCUGAUGGCUGUGCUCCAACGCUUACAGAGCUUUGUCUGGGUGGCAAUACCAUCACAGACUCAAGUUUUCACCAUGUUUUGUAUGCAAUGGAGAGUCGACAAUUGCGAAAUUUGCGGUUUCUAGGUAUUGAAAUGAACUAUCUCACGGAAAGAAGUAUGGAAAUGCUAGGACACACAGUUGGCAAACUUGUUUGCCCCAAACUGUCACAAAUUUCGUACAGCGACAAUAGUGUGGAGAAUAAUUGCGCAAAGAAUUUGAUUGCGAUUGCUGUCCAUCGAGAGCGAGUGUGGCAGGCGAAACGUCAACAGCAGAUUUAUGAAGGGGAUAUUAAUAGUGAAGAUGAGAGUACAUGGGAUGAGCAAUUCUCAGAUGAAGAGUUUGCGUGA